AUGCGCCCACGAAACAACACCGACGCAGUACCAAAGGCUGCGUCACAUGCAGGAAGGAAAUGUGACUAUCACCACGUUGAGAAGCAGACACCCCCUCCCGCUGCUUAUCUGAUGGUGAUUCCUCGGUCCCCUCGACCUCAAGCUCACCAUAUCGACCUGAAAGCAUUCGAAUACUUCCACACCUGCUUCGCGCCGACGCUGUUGAACUAUGGCGGACGCCACUUCUGGAAUCGGCUCGUGCUACAAGCGUGCCACCAUGAUGAGGCCAUCAACCACCUCGUCAUGGCCACCACCUGUGUCGGGAUUCGAAGUUCAAAGAUGCUCCCUCGGGGCGUUGACUCGCCCGAUGCCUGGGUCAGGUACCUCUCGCACUACGGGAAGGCCCUGAAAAUACUCGCCCGGGCCGACCGACCUGAUCCCGGGGUACUGCUCACGGCAUGUUUGCUUCUCAUGCUCUGCGAUGAGCUCCAACAGAAUCAGUAUGGCUCGUUGCGGCAUUUGAUGUGCGGACGAAAGAUCAUCACGUCGUAUUUGUCCAACAAGGGACACCACAACAACGACACCAUCGAUGAGAUCGUGCCUAUAUUUUCUCAGCUAGAAAUACAUACAGGAGAAAUCUACCAUAUCACCACGGGAGGAUCGCCUGAAAGCACAGACCCACCAAGUCACCCUGGUCAACAGGUCUUUGGCAGGUUUGAAACUAUCGAUGAAGCCGCCGACGUGCUGCACCGUAUUGCAGUCGAUGGAGCACGUCUUCAGCUGAAUGGCCACCCGCCCGUAUCUCGAUUUCACGUCGUUCCAGAGCUUACUCUUCGGCUCAACGAUUGGCUCCAUCGUUUCUCCUGGUCCGAGGUUGGGACCCUGAAAGACCGACAAAUACUCCGCUUGUUCCAUUUGAGUCUAGACACCUUGUCUCGGUGUGCCCCAUUCACCCAAGAGUCUGCCUUCGAUGUUUACUUGAGCAACAUCGAACAACUCGUCAUUGUCUGCAACCGAUUGGUAUUUUCCACCACGACCCACCUGAUUCCAGUUUUGUUCUUUGUUGCUACUCGAUAUCGCAGCGCUAGCGUUAGGAGAAGAGCAAUUGAACUUCUACGUUCUUGUGGUAUGGAUGGCCGAAUACUGGCAAGUGUUGCAAUGAAGGUGGUAAGGAUCGAGGAACGCAGGGUCAGCGAACCGAUCACAUCCGCCGAUAUUCCCGAAGAAAACCGCAUCCGCUUGGUGGGAUUGCACACAGGGAGUUCUGCGGAAUCUCUCCUCAUUGAUUACAGGCGAUGGCCGUAUCGGGAGCCAAAACCAGUCGAAACUGUCACUGUUCCCAUCAAACGCAUCUCGCUGGACUCCGGUGAUUUUGAUCCUGUGCAUUCAGUGUGUCUCAACCUAUCCCUUUAUAAGUACCAAAUGCUGACAUCCUUCCCAGGCUUCGCUCUUGAGAUCGGCAAUAGACUUUGA